AUGACUCUGGAGAAUGUAACCCUCAUGACCAGUAAUGAUGCACGGAACGAUUCCUUGGACAUUGCCAUCCCUGUGAAUGACCAAGGCUCGGCAAAAAAUGGGACAAUUGUGACGACUACAGAGGUAUUAAUUGCUGGGGCGCGUUUGGGUAUGCUCCCAGUGUCCGUCAUCGGUUUGUGCUGCAAUCUAUUAAUCCUUCUUCUGGUCACUCUGAGAAAAGAGGUCAGAAAGCUUACAGUCUCCGUAUACCUGUCAGCAUUGGCCAUUGCAGAUUUUAUUUUUUGCUUGGAUAUAUUACGUUGGCAUUUGGAAUGGGCAGAUAUGAUCCCGAUGUCUUGGGGGGACAUCUACUGCACCAUUACCAAUUUUCUCGGUCAUUUUGCCACGGGACUCGCUCACUGGACUAUUUUCUGUAUCUCACUGGAAAGAAUGACGCGGGUAGUUUUCCCUUUCAGAGCCAAGACGCUUUUGACGGUGAAACUUGCCAGGAUCGUCGUUAUCGUGUUUGUGUGUUGGUCCGCGCUACCCAAUAUUGCCCGCUUUGUUUUUGACCAUCAAAUCCCGUUGGAUAACACUACGUGGAUCUGCUGGACAUUGCAAACCGAUACCAUAGGGCCGCUGUAUCAGAACCUCGUGCGUAUACUGAUAGAAACGCCUCCGGUGUUUUUGGUCAUCGUCAUCAACUGUAUCACGGUGGUCAAGCUGCGUGCUCACUGGUCAGAGAUGAAAAAGAUGGGUUUGAAGGAGCGGGACCAGAGGUGCCGCAGCGGUCUUCAUUUGUCCCAGCAGGAGACGGCGCUGACUGUGACCCUGGUCGUCAACGGGAUGCUGUUCGUCGUCUUGGAAACGCCUUAUUUGGUCACGGAGUUCAUGGUGCACUAUCUGUCGUCAGAGGAUAUCAGUGAGCUGCAUUUCGUUUUGGGCAAUAUAUUUAAAUUGGUCAGCGGCGUCGAUCACACAUGCAACUUUUUUGUUUAUGUCAUCGGUUCUGGGAUGCUCCGACGUGAGUUUGGUGCCAUUUUCUGCUGCAACAGAUACGCUCCUGGCAAAGAGGGAAAGGCGCGCCAAAGCAGCCCUUUUGCGGGUCCUUCUUCGAAGUCCACUGACGAAAUCCAAGGUAGCAGUUUCACUUUAGCGUCUGUGACCACUCAUCCAUCUCACUGUGGUUCGAGUAACGGGGACAUGAAUUUGCAUGAAGGCAAUACUGACAAAUAA